AUGCUGGCUGAUGAUCAAGGCUUCUACUAUUUCCAUAUCCCGGACCCGGUGUUCCGAAGGAAGAUCCUAGAGGAGAGAUCGAUCACCGUUGCUCGGAUGCCCCUCAUUUUGCAACAAUGGAAACCUCUUAUGGAGUUAAAGAAGGCUAAGCAAACCUCAGUUCCGGUGUGGAUAAGACUCAAGAACCUCCCCCUUGACCUGUGGUCUGCACCGGCGAUUAGUGCUAUAGCCAGCUCCGUUGGCAACCCCCUUCAUGUGGAUCAACGAACCGAGAAUACGAGGAUGAUUUCCUUUGCCAGAGUGUGUGUGGAGAUCCAGGUAAAUCGGCCGAGAAUUUCGACGGUUGAAGUGAAUGUUGAUGGGGUCAUUAGACCCAUUGCUGUGGAAUAUGAAUGGAGACCCCUUGAAUGCUCCAAGUGUGGAGUUUUUGGACAUAAAUGCGAUGCUGCCCCUCCCCCUGUUCGGCCUCUUCCGGCUCCUAUGGCAAAUGAUCGGCCCCUUAACCAGCCUUCCGAGGACUCUGAAGCCCCGGAGCAGGGCUGGAAGCAGGUGACGAGAAAGAAGAAAAAUGCUCAACAAUCUUUGGAAGGGACGCCACCCAGGUCAGUCAGUCCGAGCGAAAGAGAGAGGUCUUUGAAGCUCAAAACUGCAGCUGUAGAGAAGAGGCUACCUGGUACAUACGCACGCAGGCCCCCUAGGGGGUCGUUGAUCAUCUCGGAGCAGGUUCAUACUGUUCCAACUACUUCAGUUGAAGAUAUCACCACUUCGGUGCCGGAAGACACUGCGGUGCCCCGACCGGAGAUUGUAGGGAGUCCAGACAUCUCUUUUUCGGAGGAUGAUCUCCUCUCCCCUGUUCCUUCACCGAAGGCAUCUGUAGAGGACAAGAGGCCUGUUGAGACGCCGGAGCCUCCUCAAGACAAGCUGCUUGACAUUGCCCCGGAUCCUCCUUCAGCGGUUCAAGCAGCCCCGCCUUUUACUAGGCGUAGCACCUCUAGAAGGAGUUUUAUCGGUCUCGGAUCAGAUGAUUCUUGGGAAGCUUUGCUGGAUGGAGACCGGAGUGGCCUGCUAUGUCUCUUUAUCUAUGCCGAGCAUUCUUUUUCUAAUCGUCGUCCUCUUUGGGAGGAUUUGGUGGAGAGAAGUUAUUUCUUGCAGGAUAUGCCUUGGCUUGUUUUGGGAGACUUUAAUGCUAUAAAGGAUCCUUCUGACAGACUGGGUGGCUCGGACCAUUGGUUGCCGUGCUUCGAUGAAUUUCGACAAUGUCUGGAUCAGGCGGAGCUAGAUGACCUUCGUUAUGUGGGGUUUAGAUAUACUUGGUCCGCCUCUUCAGGGCCCUCUCGAAAGAUGAGAAAGAUUGAUAGAGUACUGGUAAACCCUUGUUGGAGCCAGGUUUUUUCCUUUUCGGAAGCGUCCUUCCUUGCGCCUGGGAUUUCUGACCACUCACCUAUGGUGGUUAAAGUGGUGAACCCGAUCCUCCGGAAAAGGCCGUUCAAGUUCUUCGACUUUUGGAUGCAGCACCCGGAUUUUGACUCAAUUGUGAAGCAAGGUCGACUCAAGCAGUUGAAUAGAGAUUCCUUCGCCAACAUCUCCGGAAGGACUUCUGAUGCGAGGGAAGCUUUAAAGCAAACUCAAGUUGGCCUCCUUAAUGACCCCACCAGCAUGGUCCUUGCGGACCUGGAGAAGGUGCAGCGGCGUACUUUAGUGGAGCUUAGGUCUCACGAAGAGUCGUUCUUUAAGCAGAAAGCUCGUAUAAGAUGGCUCAAGGAAGGUGACCGGAACACAAAGUUCUUUUACCAAUAUGUCAAUAAGAGACAACUAAGAAACAGAAUCCUCUCUGUGGUAGAUUACUCAGGACCGGAUGGCUUCACGGUUGAGUUCUUCAAGGAGAAUUGGGAUACGGUGGGUCAGCUGGUCACGGAAGCUGUGAAGGACUUUUUCACAUCGGGGAGGCUUCUCAAAGAAAUCAAUAACACCAUUUUGGUCAUGGUUCCGAAGGUUCCCAAUGCGACUACCGUUGAUGACUACAGGCCUAUUGCUUGUUGCAACACGGUCUACAAGAUUAUUACCAAAGUGUUGGCGAAUAGGGUUGCAGCAGUACUAAAAGACCUGGUUAAUCCGGCUCAGAGUGCCUUCGUAAAGGGACGACGAAUCAGAGAUAAUAUUCUAUUGAUGCAGGAACUUUUCUCAAAGUUCCAUGUCGAACCCUAUUCUCCAAAGUGUGCUAUUAAAGUCGACUUCAGAAAGGCGUAUGAUACCGUGGAUUGGCAGUUUCUCGAGAGUGUACUUCUUGCUUUUCGAUUUCCUGAUCAUUUGGUUCACCUCAUCAUGAACUGUGUGAGGACUCCUCGGUUUUCCAUCGCGCUGAAUGGGGAAUUACAUGGUUUCUUCCCUAGUGGGCGAGGCUUACGUCAGGGAGACCCCAUCUCUCCCUACUUAUUCACGUUGGUUAUGGAGGUGCUCUCUGGGAUUCUUGGGAGAUGCUCGCUACAGCCGAAUUUCAGAUUCUACUGGAGAUGUAAGUCUACGUGCCUCUCGCACUUGUUCUUCGCGGAUGACGUAUUCCUAUUUUGCGAGGGCCACCUGCCAUCCGUGAAGCUUCUUAGGGAUGGUCUCCAUAUGUUUUCUUCUUGGAGCGGACUCUUCCCAAACCCAAGGAAAAGCGAGGUGUUCAUCUCGGGAGGCUUACCAACUUUAAAAAAUCAAAUCCUACUGGAGCUUGGCUUUGUUGAGGGUAACCUUCCAGUCCGUUAUCUUGGGGUUCCAAUCAUUACAUCGAGGCCCCGGAAGGCAGAUUGUGUUGAGCUUGUGAGACGCAUCACCUCCAGGGUGCAAUCCUGGACUCAUCGGUUCCUUUCUUUUGCUGGCCGACUACAGCUGAUCAGCUGUACUGGACCAAAUAGAGCGGAUUCUCAGACAAUUCCUUUGGAAGGGACCUGA